AUGACGAUUAUAACUGAAGUUGUUAGAGAAGUUAUUAAACAAUUCUACUUGACAUUUAUUUAUGAAUAUAUAAUUAUCAAAGAGAAUAUUUUAAAUAUACACAAUAUUAUUAUAGGCGAAAAUGUAACUAAAUCGCUUAAGAUGGUUUCCUUUCUUAUGUCUAUGUUUAUAAUAUUUUGUAUUAUAAUUGGAUUUUUUGCUUUAAAUGAUCAUGUUAAAGGUAUUGCUAUAGCAAUAACAAGAUUACUUUUAGUUAACGAAUUAGUAUCAACAGUUUCUACUUUUAAUUUAAAAUAUUUGCAAAAUGAAAAUUAUAAACAAAAUAAUAAAAGUUUUAUUGAUGACAUUAUACGGAAAUUUCCAAUAAAUGAAGUAAUAAAAGAAGAAGAUUUUGAAAAAUCGUCGCCUUUUAAUUUAAUUUAUGAAAAUUUAGAAAAUUCUAGGUUAAAAACAGCUUGUUUUUUAUGUGUAGAUUUUUUAAUGCACAUAAUAAUUUGUGAAUUUUCUAAAAGGUACAAUAUCAUUGAUGAGAGUUUGAUCUUUUUAGUUCUAACAAAUAUGAGUUUAAAAACAUGUUUGAGUUUUUAUUUAUGUGAAAAUCAAAGUUUUUUAGUAUUUUUUAAAAUAGCUAAACAUGAUAUUUUUUAUUUAAUUAUUUUAAUUAUUUUAUUCAUUCUAUCAAUGUUUGUAAAGCUUGUAAGAGAUAUUUUAGUUAGUGUAAUUUUAUCUGUUUUUUACAGUAUUAUUUUAAGUCUUUUUAUCUCAAUCAUUUGUUAUAACAAAGAUAAUUUAAUUGACAGCUUAGAAUUGCUUUUAUUGAAUACUGAUGGAAAUAAAAAAAGAGAAGAAAUUGAUAUUGAAUUUUUAUUUAUGGGUUGUUUUUUACUUUAUCUAAUUGUUAUGUUUUUUACAAGAAGAUUAUUUUGGAAGAAAUAA